UGGAUAGAGCGGAGGGGAGUAGAGGCAGAGCCGCAGAGGCGCAGCAGGAAGAAGACUAGAAGAGGGAGGGCGACUCAGACGACGACGACGAAGGAGUCGGAAUCGGAGAAGGAAGAUGCCUUGCCUCAACGUGUCGACCAACGUGAACCUGGAUGGGGUGGACACCUCCGCCGUCCUCGCCGACGCCUCCAAGACCGUCGCCACCAUCAUCGGCAAGCCCGAGGCCUAUGUGAUGGUUGUUCUCAAGGGUUCAGUGCCUAUGGCAUUUGGAGGUACCCAGGAGCCUGCCGCUUAUGGCGAGCUGGUUUCCAUUGGAGGGCUGAACCCUGACGUCAACAAGAAGCUGAGUGCUGGCAUUGCCUCUAUCCUGGAGUCAAAGCUGUCCAUUCCCAAGGGCCGCUUCUAUCUCAAGUUCUACGAUUCCAAAGCCCAUCGUGCACAAGAACAUGCUCAAUGUUUGCAUGCUUUGCAUCAAGAAUAGAUCAAUGUAAAUGGGCCAUCUGUUGUUUGUUUAAUGCCAACAUUUUGGCUUUUGCAGUUUAGUUCCUCUCUGUAGUUGACAAUAUCCUAGGCACAACACAUAUACUUUUCCAUCCUAAUUAUGAGCACUAAUAAAUCUUUCUUUACGUAGCGCUCGGACUUUGGAUGGAAUGGCACCACCUUUUAGGUUAAAUGGUAUGGCUUCAAGAAUCUUGGAACCUACUCCCUCCAUCCCAAAAUGUUUGACGCCGUUGACUUUUUUAAAAAUGUUUGACCAUUCGUCUUAUUCAAAAAAAAUUAAGUAAUUAUUAAUUCUUUUCCUAUCAUUUGAUUUAUUGUUAAAUAUACUUUUAUGUAUACAUAUAGUUUUACACAUUUCAUAAAAUUUUUUGAAUAAGACGAAUGGUCAAACAUGUUUAAAAAAGUCAACUGUGUCAAACAUUUAGGGAAGGAGGGAGUAAUAAUUCCUAAUGCCUUGUUCAUUGCCUAUUUGAGGACAAUGCAGUCAGCUGUAUCAGUGUAAUGUGUACUAGUCUCGAGUGAACCUGGAAAUAUGCUUCUGAAUGCAACUUGGCAUGCUUGAGUUGAGA